AUGCCCUACCUACAUAAGAAUCGAACUAUUCAACUCUCUCAUAUUCCUCGAUACUGGGAAAUAAACCCAACAGACAACACUACUAUGGAAUGGCAUGAUCCUGAAGAAUCCGGAUGCAACCUCCAAUUGAUGACAUCAUGCCGUGAUACUCCACCAUUACGUACAAUCUCAAAAGAUAGUUGUCUUGGUCAAAUCAUAGGAAGUCUUCCAUUGUUCAGUUGUCAUGCAAAAUAUGUCUCCCAUUUCGGAGUUUUUGUUCGACAGCUGACAGAUAACGUUUGGGUGACUUCUUCAUCUGAAUCGCUACAUUGUCUAAAAAUUCCAAAAAUCGAAUAUCGAACUAGUAAUCACCAAACUUUGAACAUAAGCCAGCAAAUAAUUCUUCCACCGGUAGCUCUUGUCAACGUAACUCCAGGUUACACAAUUUUAUGCCCUGGAUUCACUUUGGGGCUAGUCUCUACUAAUAUGUCUAUCGUGGAUGUCUCUCGACACCUCACCGAUAAUACUACAUGGUUUAAGACAAAUUGGACUGAGCAAAGAAUGCAGGAGAUCAUAAACGAUCUACGUCAACCAAUAACAGUUCCUACCACUCGUCAAUUUCCUCCCAUUCAUAAAUGA